AAAAGAGCCCUUGAGCCGUAAUAAGCUGAGAUUUCUAAAAGGCAAAAUAUCCAAAAGUCAAUGAUAGCUUUGAUGUUGGGGGAAAAAAAUUUUAUAGUUCCUGAUGAUUGGUUUCUUUGGUAGAUGUUCCUGACUUGAACGAAUUAGCGCAGUUGCAUUUAAGCUCCGUUGUUUUUUAUCUAUGAAAAUUUUACUUUAUAUUUUCUUUCUUUCUUUCGCAAGAUAAACACAAUGGAGUCAUCAGAUCGUCAAUCUACAAUGACCAGAAAAGAGCUGGAAUCCAUGAGUCAGCGUAUUAGAGAUGGUGAUAAAGAUGCUGUUAAAUUCAUUAUCAUCGACCAAAAAGUAUUCGAUGUUACUGAAUUUAUUCAAGAUCACCCUGGUGGUGCACAAGUCUUGUUGACACACAUCGGAAAAGAUGCAUCUGAUGUCUUUCACGCUAUGCAUCCUGAUACAACCUAUGAAGUACUUAAUAAUUAUUACAUUGGCGAUAUCGAACCUGCACCUGUUGAGCAAAAUGCUUCUAGUCAAUUUGCUGCAGAAAUGCGUGAGCUUCGUGACAAGUUAAAGAACGAAGGCUACUUUCAUUCAAGCAAGCUUUAUUAUACCUACAAGGUUCUUUCUACUCUUGCUAUCGCUGCUGCCGGUCUUGCUCUUUUAUACGCUUAUGGUCGUUCAUCUACUGUCGCUGUCAUCGCUUCAGCUAUUGCAGUAGGUAUCUUUUGGCAACAGUGUGGCUGGUUGGCCCACGAUUUUGGUCACCAUCAAUGUUUCGAAGACCGUUCAUGGAAUGAUGUUUUGGUUGUGUUUCUUGGUAACUUUUGUCAAGGGUUUUCAUUGUCUUGGUGGAAAAAUAAACACAACACACAUCACGCUAGUACAAAUGUACAUGGACAAGACCCAGAUAUUGAUACCGCUCCUAUCUUGCUGUGGGAUGAAUAUGCAUCUGCUGCCUACUACGCUUCUCUCGCUCAAGAGCCCACGAUGAUGUCUCGAUUUUUGGCAGAGAGUGUCUUACCUCAUCAAACUCGCUAUUACUUUUUUGUUCUCGCUUUUGCUCGUCUGUCCUGGGCCAUUCAAUCCUUGAUCUAUUCAUUCAACCAAGGAGCGCUCAACAAAUCUCGCCAAUUGACUCUUUUUGAACGCACUUGUCUUGUCAGUCACUGGUUAUUGUUUACCUACUGUAUUAUUGCAUGGUGUGGAAACGUUUACCAAAUGAUCUUGUUCUUUUUAAUCAGUCAAGCAACUACAGGUUAUACUCUUGCCCUUGUCUUUGCCCUGAACCAUAAUGGCAUGCCUGUGAUCACUGAAGAAAAGGCAGAGUCUAUGGAAUUCUUUGAGAUCCAAGUCGUCACUGGUCGUGAUGUAUCACUUUCACCCAUCGGUGAUUGGUUUAUGGGUGGAUUAAACUACCAGAUCGAGCACCACGUAUUCCCCAAUAUGCCCAGACACAAUUUGCCUAAAGUCAAGCCAAUGGUAAAAGCACUCUGUCAGAAAUAUAACAUCAACUAUCAUGAUACAACAUUCUUCAAGGGAACCUUGGAAGUAUUAAAGACAUUAGACAUUACUUCCAAGUUAUCUUUACAAUUAAGCAAAAAGUCAUUUUAAGAACAUAUCGUUUAGAUACCUUUUUUUUCUUUCUUUCUAUUUUAGAUCAUCUUUUUGUACACUAAAGUCUUUCUAAUAAAAUCAUAUGCUUAUCUCUCUCUUUCUUUAAAUGUGGCUACUGAACAAUAAUAUUCACCAUCAUAAUCAUGUUUUUGUUUUUGUUAAUCCUUUGCUGCAUGAUUAAUAUCAUUG